GUUUCUUCCUAAUCUGAUAAUACAACUGUUUACUGAUCGAAUCAUUUCAGUCUCUCUCUCUCUAUCUCUCGCUCAAUCCAAGCCCUAAAACCAGACAAAACUCCUUUCCUCCACUGGAUUCUCUUCUUUUGGAUGAUAAUUUCUUCUGAUUUGCUGCUUCACUUGUUCUGUUUUGUGUUGUUAAAAUGGGAGCAAGCCGCAAGCUACAAGGCGAGAUCGAUCGAGUCUUGAAGAAGGUCCAGGAAGGCGUCGAUGUCUUUGACAGCAUUUGGAACAAGGUUUAUGAUACAGAUAAUGCGAAUCAAAAGGAGAAGUUUGAGGCAGACUUGAAGAAGGAGAUCAAGAAGCUGCAGAGGUACAGAGACCAGAUCAAAACAUGGAUACAGUCCAGCGAGAUCAAAGAUAAGAAG